GGCCGUGCAGCAGGUGUUGGUCUCGGCCGUGCUGGUGCUCUGCGUCUUCGUCGUCAUGCCCAGGAUGUUCGGGGGAGGAGGCGGAGGGCGGCCCGGCCGGUCUCCGCGGGGCGGCAAGGCCGGCCCCGGCCAUUACGAUCCCCGUCAGCACGGCAGAGGUAGUCCUCAGACAGUUUAUCAAGUUCACCGGAAUCCAGGGAAUUCUGACAGUAAUACUUACCAGAGUAUUCAACAGAUGAGAAAUGCAAUGGAAAAAGAGAUAAAAAAUGAGAGAACAAGAGGAAAUGGUCGAGAGUUAGCAUUCACCCUCAUGCCACUGUAUGCUCUUGGAGUGGGAAUGUUUGCAGCAUACAAACUUCUUAAGAUGAAGUCGCAUGAAGAAAGUCACUCCAAAAAGGAAAAAAGUACAGAAGACAAGGCAAAGGAAACAGAGCAUCAGCUUUUAGAACUGGAGCAACAUCUAGCACAGACAGAGAAAAUGUUAAAUUCUUUAUUGACUCAGUUGGAUCCACUUUCAAACUGUGUCAAUGCUUUAGCUUGUGAGCAGAAAGAUGAAAUAAUGACACAGCUCCAAUCAAUUAGACGACUGAUGAAAGAAAGUGGAUUGGAUAAAUCAGAAAACAAGAUGAAAGAUCUUGGACACAUUUGUAAUGAGAAACUUGAAGAUCUCAUUCAGUCAUUUGCUGAACAUUCUCAAGAAAAAGAAAUGAACAACAGAGAAGAUGACUGUAAUGAAGAUUUGCUUGAGGAUAUUGAUAAUGAUUACAAAAUAGAAGAGCAUGAAUUACACAGUGAAUGUGAAAUACAUCAGUUGGAGCCAGAUGUUGUAGAAGAUGAAGAAAUGAUAAACAGAGAUGCCAUUGAGUCUCAAGAAGAGAUGGGACUGAGGAGACGCAAUAGAUAUGAAUGGAAUCUGCAUAUGUAAAACUUCCAAAAGCUUAUGAAUUCUUUUUCUAAUGUUGUAUGCACUUUAAACUGAAAUGAAGUUAUGUGCACUGCUAUAUGCUUUAAAAAGAGGGGUGAAAUGCUGCCUUUGCUUGUAUCUAUGACAAUUCUGUAACAGACUUCAGUGGCAGCAGAAUUUUACUCAGGAUGUUUACAUAUUUUUUCUAUUUAUUUUUCCCUAUAAAAAUAUUUCUGUACUCUGUAUAUAAUGCACUGUAAUUAUAUCUGAUGCUUCACUAAAGUAUUAUAAUAACUUCUAAUUGAGACUAUAAAGAAUAGAUGUUUCAUAAAUGUUUUGUAAUUAGAAAGCAUUAUGCCACUUGAACUGUGACUUCCUUGAGUUCAUUAAAGAGCAUGCACUGAUGAAUUCAGCUCUUUGUGGAAAAAUUUUCUCUGGGAGUGUGAAAACCAGUAUGGGUUAAGUCUUUGAUACUCAUUCAUAGUUAAGUUUCUUUAUUUGAAGAGAGAAAUUUAGCCAUGGACAUUAUAUGAAAAUAAUGGUGUCUGAAUUUGCAGUCUCCUGGGUAAUGAUGUUUAGUUUUGUAUGUCAGCUUAAUCCCUAAUGUAUUACACUGGAUCACUUAAUUUCUUCCUCACUUGUCACUGGUAAAACUCAGCAGCUGUCUAAUAACAGAUGAAUACUCAUUAGUACUGUAUCUUUGUUUCACAUUUGUUUUAGUACCAUAGAGUCUGACCUUUUGAUUCAUUUUAAUGCCUAUUUUUUUACAUCAGAAUUGACAGAUGUGUUGCUAUUCACCUUUCAAGAACUGCAGGGCAUGGGAUCUUUUUAUGCCAACCUGAUACCCUUUUUAGGUCAGUAUUAGGAAAAGCAUUUGUUUUCAUUUGCCAGAAUCAUUUUUGUCCACACUUUCAUUAGUUACUCAUUAUUUUGUUCACUUAAUGCACCCACCUAUGGCACUGCCAGCCUUUAAUGACAAGAAUUGCCUUAGAGGUAGGUCUGACAGUACAGCACUGUUACAUUUUCUGUUUUAUAAUUGCAUAGCUUUUAUGUAGGCCAGUUAUGAUGCCUGAACUCUUCUGGCAUCCUUAUUCUUACAGGAAAAGAGCACGUGAAUUUGUUUUUAUGGAGGAAAUGUACUGUACUUAAAGGGACUAAAUUUAUUAUCGUGUCACUCAGUGAAAUGGAAUGAAUUGUUCAUUCUGGUGUAAAAACAUGGUAUGUGUUUGGUUCUAAAACUGGAUCACACAGGCUUGAAAGUAGCAGCAUCCAGAAAUACAUCCUUAACAUCAGUGUGCUAGUAGUUUUGCACUAAGUGAGAUUUUGCCUAACUUUGGAAAACUUCAUUAACUACAGAGCCAGGGUUUCUCACGAGGUGGCAGAUUUUUUUUACCCAAGAUAGAACGGGUGAAUCAGAACUGGUACUUGGAUACAAUUUGAUUUAAAAAAAUAACUAAUGUUGCUCUUGUCAUUCAGUGCCACUGAAACUGUUUGGAAUAAAAAACCAGUUUCAUUGA